CAACGUGAUAGCCCGGCACUCCGUCGCUUUGAACUCUUUACAGCUGGCGGCGGAAGAAUUCUUUUUAGCCAAUUGGUAAUUUCUGAUAUUGAAAUUCCGGCCUAGACUUGGUAUAUACGACGGGACGACUAUAACAACUCGCCGACCCAAUCGAACCCCUCCGACUCCCUCGAAUUCCUCUUCACGCCAUUACCACCCCCGAACCUCGCCCACCAUGCCCUCCGUCACCAACAUAGCGAACAUGUGUUCGCACCUCCAAAACGCCUCCAAGGCCCGCCUGGGCAUCACCUCGGUCAAGAACUGCAAGUACAACAUGCAGCUCGCCCUGGCCAUGCACCGCUCCGGCUUCGUCUCGGCCGUCUACCGCGCGGGACCCAACCCGCCGACCCUCGAGCAGAUGGUCUCGCAGGACCCCGAGCCCGUCACCAACGCAAACGUAGCCACCAUGCGCCUGUGGCUCGGCCUCAAGUACUGGGACGGCAAGCCUGUGCUUUCCAAGGCGAAUGCCAUCAGCACCCCCUCGCGCCUGAUGACGGCCAACAUCAAGGAGCUUGCCAGGUUGACGAGGGGGUUCCCGACAAAGGUGGCUGGAGGCGUCGUGCCGGGGCUGAACUUGGGAGAGUGCAUGUUUGUCUCAACAUCGCGGGGUGUGCUCGAGGCCCGAGAGGCGCUGGAUCGGAAACAAGGCGGCUUGUUGAUGUGCCGAGUGUCAUGAGCGGCGGUGUUGGAGUUAUGUCGAAUAUGGAUAGUUGUAUGUGAAUGGGGCCAGAGAGCUUCGUGUGAUACGAUAAAGAGGGAAAGCAUGUAUAACUACCACUAGAUGGAAUGAAAGCCCU